ACAACAAACAAACGGGAUUGAAGAGGACUUGUCAGUCACAUUGCUCCGGGGCACGAGCAAGGAUGUGUGCUUUUGAAACGAUACUUAUGCAUGCUUAAAAAAACACACAAAUAAGGAAACACAUUACGUAUUGGGGUCAGGAAAAUCAGCAAUGGUGAGAGUUUACUGCCGAAAGAAAAAUAAAGGAUAUUGAGAUCCACACAGAGCACAGAGUUUUAUUCUGCAUCGAUCUGUAUAGAUUAUUAUUGUCCAUAAAGUGGAAACUUGACCUCGGCUUCACGGAAUACAUGCAACACAUCAACAUGCUCUAAAAAGCGGACUAUUUUCAGACACACUUUGGUUAGACAUCUACAACCAUCUAUCCAAGGUUAAGUGGGCUCAGUGUCUCUCAGUGUAUUACUGGUAUCCAUUGCGCUGACAGUCUGUGCCGUUUGGCUCAUAGCUCUAUGUGGUGUCUGCAACUGGUGUCAACGUAAAUUGGGGAAGAGGAAUAAGCCUAGCAUGGAGGCGGCCAGCUCCCCAGAGUCUGUGAGGGGUCGAGGGGAGAAUAAAGCCAUCAACGAUUUAGACCGAGACUUCUGGAAUAACAACGACAGCAGCAAUGUACAGCAGAGGUGGAGCUCCUACCCGCCGAAGGAGUUCCUCUUAAACAUGUCUCCGUACGCCCCCUAUGGAGAUCCUCGCCUCACGCCCAACGGGGCAGUGGAUAAGGGGGGACAGGGAGGUGCUGGGCCCUCACCUGGGACCAGUGACAGCGGGGGCAUUGUUGGCUCAGGGGCCGGGGCUGGGCCCAGUCGCAGCGACAGCCUGCGCAGCAUGGUGAUGGGGGCUGGCAAAGCGGGGCGCUGGCAAGCUCUCCAGAGCCACAUGCACGCCGGAGGCCUGCGGUCUAGCAAUUUCGGGGACGCCUCCCUGUCCUCUGCCUCCACGCUGGAGCACAUCCCCUCCUCGGCUGUGGGCCGUCCCCGGCCCCUGGUGCGCCAGCAGAGCCUCCAGCAGCCCCUCACCCACCAGCCCCCGCCGGGCCCCAACGACCCCCCUGCCACCUCCCAGAGCCUGGGCCAGCUCCACACGGGGCCCGGCGGCGGGGGACACCGCGGGGGGCCGCGGGGGGUCCGGGGGAGCCCGGCCGGAGCUUCCCGGUACAGAGGGGCCGGGGCGGGCCGAUCCAGGUCCAACCCAGGCAGCUGGGACCAUGUGAUGGGGCAGAUCCGCAACAGAGGUCUGGAUGUCAAGUCCUUCCUGGAGGGGAAGAUGGUUGUUUUGUCUCUAGCGAUUGGACUGGCUGAACAAGAUGACUUUGCCAACCUCCCAGAUCUACAGGAAGCACCGGCAUGUCAAGAAAACCAAACCACACCAGAAAAGAGAACUCCGGGUAACAAGUCCGGCGUAAGCCCAAAGGGUCAGACCCCCGAAGACGCCGGACGGCGGCAUGGGCCCAGCCGCGACGCCAACUCCUCCGUCUCAGACCUCGCCAACUCUGUCACCAGCGACAUGCUCAUGCUGUCCCCCGGUUCCGAAGAGGACGACCACGAGGGUCCAGUCUGCGAGAAGCUGGGUCGGGUCCAGUUCAGCGUAGGCUACAGCUUCACGGACUCCACCCUCACCGUGAAGAUCCUCAAAGGCCAGGACCUUCCCGCCAAGGACUUCUCCGGCACGUCCGACCCCUUCGUCAAGCUCUACCUUCUGCCGGACAAGAAGCACAAGCUGGAGACCAAGGUCAAGAGGAAGAACCUCAACCCCCACUGGAACGAGACCUUCCUGUUUGAAGGGUUCCCCUAUGAUAAGGUGAUCCAGAGGACGCUAUAUCUCCAGGUGCUGGACUAUGACCGCUUCAGCAGGAAUGAUCCCAUCGGAGAGGUGUCCGUUCCCCUGAACAAGCUGGACCUGGCCAACAUGCAGACCUUCUGGAAGGAGCUGAACCCAUGCAGCGAUGGCAGUGGGAGCAGAGGAGAUCUACUGGUGUCUCUAUGCUACAACCCCACCGCCAACAUCAUCACUGUGAGCAUCAUCAAAGCCCGUAACCUGAAAGCUAUGGACAUUGGAGGCACAUCUGACCCGUACGUGAAGCUGUGGUUGAUGCACAAGGACAAGCGCGUGGAGAAGAAGAAGACAGUGGUGAUGAAGCGUUGCCUGAACCCUGUCUUCAACGAGUCCUUCCCCUUCGACGUCCCCGCCCACGUGCUGAGGGAGACCACCAUCAUCAUCACCGUCAUGGACAAGGACAAGCUGAGUCGCAAUGAUGUCAUUGGCAAGAUUUAUCUGUCGUGGAAGAGCGGCCCAGCGGAGGUGAAACACUGGAAGGACAUGAUGGGUCGUCCUCGCGCUGCCGUGGCCCAGUGGCAUGCUCUCAAGGCCUGAGAGGAGGCCGCACCUGCCAAGCCCCCGGCCCCCUCCCCCCUCCACACCUCCACACUUCUCCACACCCGCCACAACCCCCCCCCCUGCUCAGAACCUAAUCCUCUGCACAUAUCUCCCCCCCUCCAACCCGCUGUCCUGCUGUGAGGGCCAUCUGUGUCCCGCUCUACCUGUCCUCAGUCAUCGCAGCCACUUAUCGCUCCAGCUCCUCUUUGUUCUGGUCCUAGUCCCAAACUAGUCCCCCGGCCUAACCCCUAAGCUUCUGGGAGCUUGUCUUUGAUUCCCCCCCUCUUGUCUUUAUAUCCUUAUGGUUCCCCCCCCCCCCCCCCCCCC